AUGGAUGCAGCUGUGCGCUUCAAAACGAUAUCGAUCAACAUGCUCACCAUGGUCUGGGCUGGAACCCCCAUGUUCCUCGUGCUUCUAAGGUAUAUCCCGACCUGGCGGUACAGCUUCGUGCUGUUCGGACUCAUCUGGCUGGGCACCCUCCCCUUCGCCUACUUCUGCUUCCUCGAGAGUCCCCGCUUCCUCCUCAGCAAGAAGUGCUACAGCCAGGUUCGCGAGAUCUUCGAGAAGAUUUCCAUCACCAACAAACGACCGCCCUACAAGUACAAGCUGAUGGAGGAAAUGGACGUGGAGAAUGAGGAGUUUUUGAAGUUCAAGGGGGACGACGAGAGGGAAAACUCGAAGGGCAGCGACUGGCUGGGCAUUAAGCAAUACAACUAUCUCGACCUGUUCAGGUACGGUUCGGUGAAGAAGGCCACCUUCUUCCUCAUGUACUUGUGGAUGUUUCGCUUCUUCAUGUACUUCGCCUUGAACCUCGCCCUAGAGUCUGUGCUGCAGUCCGGCUCCAUCCUCACCAUCGCCAUCUCCACCUCAUCCUUCUUCGAGGUGAUCGGCACUUUCGGCAUCCUCAUCCUCACCUUCAUGUUCAAGAAGAAGUACACGCUGCUCGAGAUCAUCAAGGGGUGCACGAUGAUGCUGUCCAUCCUGUGCGGCGGUCUGUGGCUGAUCGAAAUCAACAACGAGUGCAAGGUCUUCGAGGAGUACUCUGGCUUCUGCUUGGAGAUAGUGCUGAUGAUCCUGCUGGUGAGCUUGAUCAAGUUCACCAACUCCAUCUUCUUCUCAGCUCUAAUCCCCUACUCCUCAUAA